AAUGAAUAGAAAAAUCACACUUUUGAUAUUAUUAGCAUGUGUUGUUUGUGUAGCAACAUUCAUGUUUUCAUUUGCCCCAUCAGGUAUUAUAUCCAAAUUAUUAAAAAGAUGCUGAAUUGAAAUUGAAAAAGAGCCACUCAUUCUCUGCUUCAAAAAAUCAUGAAUGGGGAUUUGAUGGAUACACUUCUUAUGAUAAAGGCUGCCAAUAAAAAUGCAAAGAUGCUAAGGGUAUGAGUUGUGGAAAAGCUCAAUAAAAUUGCUGUAAAGCUAGUGAAUGCAAAGAGGAAGACAAUUGGUAUGGAACUUCAUUGGUUUGCAAUGCAAGAAUCCCAGUUGAAGGUUGUACUAAGCCCAAGUGAA